AUGCCUCCUCAACCAACCCACCUCGAGUCCUCCCUAUUCUGUUGCGAGCAAAUUACCAGCAUCGACGAAAACAGAAAGACUUUCGCGCACAGGAUUCUCUCUCAAUUCGCGGAAUAUAUAACCCAGGGCCCCGCCUCUCCCACUCCACGUGUCCUCGACUGGAGCGAAGCCCACCUAGUCGACGAAGCCCAAUACGUAAUCCAGUACGAGAAGCGUUGGCAAUCACACGAAUGUCCGGAGGGACUUCGUUACUUCAUCCCCGAGCCAGGUACUGAUGACUUCUUGGAGAUUCCCGAAGAUACGUUCCGACACAAGAAUAGGAUUGUCCCAUUCCACAACAAUGAGGGCUUAUACGUCAAGUUCUCCUGCACCUACCACCCAGGAUUUCUGUUCGUAUGUCAGAGAUUGUUCCGUAGAACUGUCCGGGACCCAGUUGUUGUCCCAAUCAACAAGAAGCACACCCGACCUGAUCGCACGGAUGAGGACGACGAAGAUGGUAAUGGCCCACGUGGCUAUUCCGAGCCUAAGACAAUUUUGGAACAUGGGGCGUACGAUUACGAUGGGGAGUCUGAAGAAGCGAAGAUGGUACUGGAGCAAGGAGGCGUUGGACAUUGA